UGAUAUAAAAGAUGGCGGCUGUAGAUUUUACCACAAUAUCUUGCGAACCUAGCAUAGCCCAUUUGGCAAAAGGAGAGCCAUAUUUUGCAAUAUUUGUCCCUGUACUAAUGACAUUGUGUAUGCUUGGUUUGAAGCUUGUAGCAUUUUUCUGUUUGUCUUUAUGAAUGUUGUUAAGGUUUUUGUGCGCUGAGAUGUACCGGUCGCCAUCUUUGUUUCCUAGGGGAAUUUUAAGACCUGAUCAUCGUGAUUCAAGAUAACCAUAGCUAACGACUUUAUGUCUCAUUUUCACGCGUCCAAAACGUUUCGAACAAUUAUUGCGAAUGAAAUGUCGUAGUUGCUAAAUGAAUGUAGACACACCGUCAUGCAUAGCUGCAUAAUUUUGCAACCUGUCACAAAUUUUCAAUUAGUUCUAGAAAUUUCCAAUUAACCCUCCCCAUUAUUAAACUCUUCAAAGUGAAUUCAAAAAUUCAUUUCAGGGGUCUUACCUGUCUAAAUUUAAACGUUCUUUGAAUUGUCAAUGUUGAUUAGCUUAUGUUAUUAUGACAUACUUUCCGGGAAUGAGAGCAUCAAAGAUUUCUAUCUCUUGAGGUUUUUUUUCUGACCCUGAGCAAUUUUGGAACCUUAUAUUUUGCCAAACACGGAAUGUUAUUAUUUUUCUGGAAAAAAAAUGCAUUCAUUAUUACAUUUAUCAGAGCGCGUUUUCGACGCGUUGAGUUUCGUUUUUACGACCGCACGACGCAAAUGAACGUCUUUAACAACUACGGGGAACACCCGAAAAUCUUUCAAGGUUAUCGUAGUUUAUGAAAAGUGAUCAUCUGUAUAUAGUUUAUGAGCAGAACUUGUAACGGAAUUUCUUCGACAACUGCAAAAAAGGCUGUUUAGUAGAACUUAUAUGCACUGACUGACGGUGUAACCUCCGGCGAUAUCGGAAGACACUGUUGAAAAGUUCCUAUAACCAAAGUAAUUGUGAUUUGGGGCUGGAGCAGUGUCAAUGCCUUUAUUAAAGGUCAGUCAACACAUGAGGUCUUCAUUAAAAUAAAUUCAGCUUGUUAUCAACCAAAGUCUUUUGCGCAUACGCUGACAAAAAAAAAAGAACAAAAUAAAGUGGGCAAGCAAGAUAGUACCGUUUUCUACGUUUGAAUCGUGCGAAAUUAGAAGCAAGUUCCACAUUUUGAAUUGAUUAAAGCAAUUGACCGCCCGCGAUGUUCUGUUGCUAAACAAGUUUCGUACACAAAACACUGUCCAGCAGUUUACACUUGCUCUUGUCAAACAUCAAAAUCACAUUUUACACCUGUUAAUUAACUGCUGUCCUGUUUUCUCUUUUUGUAAGAAGGUCACUUUGUUAGUUGUUGUGUGAACCAGAUCUGCUCAACGACAGGAAGCCAACGUGUUUUCGUCUCGUUAUAGAACGAAACAGGCCCUUCAAUAUAUUUACGAGCUUUCAAGAUAUUUGAUAGUCCCGUGGCUCAGUUCAUGGUUGGAAUAUUUUUACCAUUGUGUGCUACUGACGUGUUGUUAAUUAGUUCACAAAGUAAAGUCGCUCUUCCGAAACUCAACAUAAGUAGUGGCCGGUAUUAGAACAAUCUUCAACUGGAUUUUCUGACUCCUGCCAAAGAAGUACACAGACAUGCCUUUAAAAAAUGGUCAAGAUUCAACUGAAAAAGAAUCGGCGAGCAGGCAAGCCAUGAAGCUAAGACGCAAACUAGGCGUAAGCACUCAAGUCAAUCUACGGAACAUCAGAAUUGCGGUGAUGGGCCAAGACGGCGUCGGAAAAACAGCUCUUACAGUUCGUUUCCUGACCCGUCGUUUUAUAGGCGAAUACGAUCAAACAUUGGAGACAACAAACAGACAUCACAUUGACGUGGAUGGUGAAUACGUAGCUUUGGACAUUCUGGACACAGCAGGAAAGAACUCCGAAGAGAAGCUUGAGAGCAUUGUGGCGUAUGCAGACAUCUUCCUUGUUCUUUACUCCAUCACGGAUCGCUCCAGCUUUCACGAAGCGGGCAAGAUUGUCAAGUAUAUAAGACGACACAGAACUCUGGACUCCAGCAGUAUAAUUAUCGCGGGAACCAAGCGGGAUUUGGAGCACUUUAGGACCGUGCGAGAGACAGACGGCAGCAGACUAACCUACUCACUUAACUGCGGGUUCUUCGAGAUAUCCAUAUCGGAGAGUUACGGAGAUACAAUACACAUGUUUAACGACAUCCUGAGACAGUACCUAAAUGCACAUCCCCCUCCAGACCCGUCGAGCAUGAUACCAGCUCCCCACUCUCCCAUCCCCGGUCAGAUGACACAACACAAGGAAAUGAAGACACCGUCUUCGUGGGCGAAGGUGAAAGGGCUGAAAACGAUGCCUUUCCGAAGAAAAUCUGCACAGGCGAUAGCUUGCUAGUCUAAAAUGCUAGAAUCGGAAAGCCUUCUGAUACGUCUGUGACCAUACCUCAAAAAAAAAA